UGUCUCUAUAUAUAACUCCGAAUCCUCACCAAACCAGAAACCUUAGGAUUCUGCCACAUCAAACGCCAAGAAGUAUAUGAACACGCAAAGCCAUCAAUUCCAAUUUCCAAAUCAUUAUAAAUUAAUUUAGAGCUUCCAUUUUCAAAGAAUUUUGAGAAAAUCCAAACAAGUGUUCUGCCAACAUGAAUACAACAACAACAACUUCAUCUUCAGUUAAGAAGAAGAUGAAGAAUAAGAUAAGAUUUAGCGACGAACAAAUUCGGUGUUUAGAGACCAUGUUUGAUUCUGAAACAAAAAUCGAGCCCAAGAAGAAGAUCCAGGUUGCAAGAGAGCUGGGAUUGCAUCCUCGACAGAUUGCGAUAUGGUUUCAGAAUAAGAGAGCCAGGUGGAAAUCUAAGCUACUUGAGAGAGAUUAUAGCAUACUCAAGGCUAAUUACAAUAAUCUUGCUUCAAGAUUCGAAGUCUUGAAGAAAGAGAAUCAGUCAUUGAUUGUCCAGUUACAGAAGAUGAAGGAUAUUCAAGAAAAGGCUGAAAACAGCAUCAGCGCCCAUGAUGGAGAAUCAGAUAUUGCCAAUGGAAAUAACAUCAAAAAUGAAGUUGAAGCAGCAGAACUGAAGCAAAACCUAUCAGAAAAACAUGUUUUUUCGGAUGAUGAAAACAACACGAGAUCUGCAGCAGAUUAUUUCGACAGAUUGGAUGAAGAUGUCGAGCUUUUGAAGAUGGUGGAAGCUGCAGAUAGUUCAUUAACAUCUCCUGAAGAUUGGGGCAGUCUUGAUUCUGAAGAAUUUCUAAACCCCCCAACAACUAGUUAUCAGUGGUGGGAUUUCUGGUCUUGAAUGAAAAGAAUAAUUUACCUGCCUGGAGGAAUCGUGUAAUUUAAAUAAUUCUCUGUUGGUAUAUAUAUAAAUAUAUUAUUAUUAUCACUUAGCAUCAGAGAAUGCUAUCUUGUAGCUCUUGCUGUCAUUUUUAGAACUACAAAUGCUGACUGAGAGAGAGAGAAGCCACUUGGAUACAUUUAUUAGAGCUGAAAUGUUUAGUUGAAAUUGCAUUCCCAUUGGGGAAGAGUUCCAGAAUUUCUAGUGCAUUUUGCUUAUGAUAUUUGGGUACCUACUUAAAAGACAA